AUGGUAGAGGCUGCCAGCGACUGCUCCAACGCAACCCCCACUGCCGUCCAGCCUACCCACGCUCCUGCCGUGGCCUCGCUGCUCGUCCCUUCCCUGGUCUCCUCUUCUCCAACAGCGGGUUUGUAUGACAACAAGGCCGUUGUCAACGGAAAGAGCCACACCAGGCUGCAAGGCGCCGAAGUAGGAGUUCGGACGGCGUCCCUAGCCAUGUUGCACUCUUCUUUGUUGCCUCUACCUUGCACGACGACCUUUCUUGGCCUCCCCAUCUCUCUUGUCCUCUCCACCCCACUGGUUACGGCUUUCUUGUUACUCUUUUCGUCGUGUAAGUUGACGCCCCACCGUAAUCUCCAUCCUCUCAAGACGAAGAAGACCCAUGCGUUCUUUUCCGGCCUCGUCUCCAUCGCGCCCGUCCCCUUGAUGCUCUUUGUCUGGAAGGCGAAGCUCUCUCUAGUCGUUGCUGCCCUCCACAACAUCCCGUAG